UAACAUGAUAAAAUUGGAACAAGAAACGCUUUUCUCCCAAAUCUAGAAUUUGAACACCCCGAACGGGAUGCUACAUAUUUGCCAUAGUACUUUUCAUAGCUAGAAAGUGAAUGAUACUAGCUAUUAAGAAACAACCCACUAACUUGAAUAUUUCCUCAUCUCCAUCUGAAAUCAUCUCAUCUUGAAUUUUAAGACUACCUCCUCAUCUUCAUUAAUUGUUAACCUCGCCAACCCAGUUUCCAUUGAUUGCAGACAAGGGAAUCAAGCGAGAGUACCACGUGAUGAUGUAAAAUCACUAGAAAGUGAAGCAGUUGCCGUCUAGCAAACAAGAAAACAAAAGACAGAAGAAAAACCUAAAAACUUGCCAAAGCGUCAAACUUCUCUCGUGCUAGGGUAACAGACUUUUUUUUUUUUUUUUUGUUUUGAACACGAUUUGAAUUCAAUGUAGUCCACAAACAUAGAUUUCUAAAAUUGAAAAAUAAAAGUAAAUAAAUAAAUUCGCGGGAAAAUGUGAGGAAUCCUUUCAAAAUCAAUGACGAAAGCGCGGGAGAUCAUUAACACAGAAAAGAAAAAAAAAACGCGGGGGAACUUCAAAAGCAUAAACCCAUUCAGUUCCGCCAACUACAAAUCUCAAAGGCCGCCUUUGUCUUACCUGACAAAUCUCAGCCGUCCACGUGUAAACAUAUCCACCCACGUCAAUCAGAUGCGAAAGGUCUCUCUGUCGUUUAGAGCUUCCUCUAUAAACCUAUUAACCAAUCCCAACCCUGAAAACCCCUCGCUUUCCUUUUUUAUUUUAUUUUAAUUCACUCUCAGAAGAGAGCAUUUUGGGGUUUAGUUUUAGAGUUCUCAAAGAAUGAGCUUUUCGACUAAGCAGAAUAAUAGCAGAGCCAUGAAUCCUUGGGUUCUUCAUCUCCAAAAACUGGGUCUCGAGCUUAAGUGUCCUCUCUGUUUGAACUUGUUUAAGCGGCCAUUGUUGCUCCCAUGUGAUCAUUUGUUCUGCGAUUCGUGCGUAGCAAGAACUGAGUUUGGUUCAGAGUGCCCUAUUUGCAAAGUUCAAUGCGCAAAUCGAGAUCUAAGGCCUUUGACCUUCAUGGAAAAUAUAGUAGGAAUCUAUAGAAGUUUGGAUUCUGCAUUUUCUGCCAACCUUUCUCAUUCCAUUGAAGAUGGGGUUGGCAAAAAUGAAAAAUUUGAUAAGUGCAGCAUGCAAAGGCGUGCUACAGAUGUAGGAUACGAGACUCCUAACAAAGAUGGAGUUGAUUUGUUACGAUCAGUUUCCAAUAAACAAAUAGGGUCAUCUCAAGAGUCUAGGAAUAGGCAGAUCAUCAUGAGCCAAGCUGAUCAAGCAUCCCUCAGCCCGCCUUCCUAUGGUGAUACAAAGGUCUCUGACAAUGAUAGCGAGCAUAGUCCUGAAAACUUUCCAGCCAAGGGAGCGGGGAAGAGAAAUUUUGAUGAUAUGGUAAGUCUGAAGCAGAAUGAUUCUGUUUUAGGGAUUGAUGGUCAUUUAAGUGAUUCCAAGAGACAAAAGAGGUUGAACUAUGGGACAGUAGAUGGGGGUGCAAAAACCAUGGAUCAUUGUCAAUCAGAUCUGCAAGCUCAAAACAUUGUGACUUCUGACUGUCAAUUAAGAUCUCAAAAUGGAGCAUCUCUUGCUGGUACUGGUUUGCUUGUGACAUCAGAGAACAUGAAUGGAAAUAGGGCUAUUUGUGAAUUUUGCCAGUCCUCUAAAAUCUCUGAGGCCACUGGAAUGAUGUUACAUUAUAUCAAUGGAAAACCAGUAACAGGAGAUGCAUCAUUUGGCUCAAAUGUUAUACAUGUUCACAGCUCGUGUAUUGAAUGGGCACCUCAAGUGUAUUUUGUUGGUGACAAUGUUAAGAACCUUAAACCAGAACUGGAGGGUGCAAAGCUGAAGUGCAGCAGAUGUGGACUAAAGGGUGCAGCACUUGGCUGUUAUGUGAAGUCUUGCCGCAGAAGCUAUCAUUUCCCUUGUGCAAAAGAGAUUCCAAAAUGUCGAUGGGACUAUGAGGACUUUCUUGUGCUUUGUCCUGCCCAUUCUUCAGUCAAGUUUCCAAGUGAGAAGUCUAGAAAGGCCCAUUCUGCAGCCAAGUUCCCAAAUGAGAAGCCUGGAAACUGUCUAUCUGCUGAUGAUAAAGUGCCAACUGAAAGUGGCCAGCUGAAAUCCAACACUUUUUCGGGCCAGCCAGAGAAUAAAAAAGAUUGGGUUUUCUGUGGAUCUGCUUUGUCUCCUGAGGAGAAGUUUCUUCUGGUCAAGUUUGCAAAAAUGAUUGGUGUAACUGUAUCCAAGUUUUGGAGGCCGGAUGUCACUCAUGUGAUUGCCUCUACAGAUGAGAAUGGUGCAUGCACUAGGACACUUAAAGUUCUCAUGGCCAUUUCAAACGGGAAGUGGGUUCUUAAAUUAAAUUGGAUAAAGGAAUGUGUGAAAGCAAUGUAUCCUUUGAAUGAAGAACCUUAUGAAGUUAGUCUUGACAACCAUGGGUGUUGUGAUGGUCCUAAAACUGGCAGACUCAGGGUAUUGGAUAAUGCACCAAAGCUCUUUGAUGGCUUUAGCUUUUAUUUUGUGGGUGACUUUGUGUCUGGUUACAAGGAAGAUCUUCAAAAUCUAGUUGUCACUGCAGGGGGUAUUGUUUUGAGAAGAAUGGAGGAACUAGUGGCACACAAAAAUGGUGAACAGACAGCUCAAACAAAGAUGGUUGUUGUGUAUAACCUGGAUGCACCUCAAGGAUCUGAGUUAGGAGAAGAAGUAACAAUUAUUUGGCAGAGGGUUAGUGAAGCACAGGAUAUAGCCACAAAAUUAGGUGGACAAGUCAUUGGUCAUACAUGGCUUUUAGAAUCAAUUGCAGCAUGUAAGUUGCAGCCUUUUGUCAACUAACUAAAUAAUGAUGAUUGAAUUUUUUUAGCUGAAGAAUGACCAAUAACUUAAUAGACUAGUCCUGUUUUAGAAGGUAGAACUUGCUCUUUCUCUGUAUAUCUGUAUUGUAAUAGUCAUAUGAGCUCUUUUGAGUUUGGCAGCAA